ACCUGCUCAGCUGUUUUCGCCACAUAUUUUUGGCUGGCCGUAUGCUCAUCGCUUAGUUGUUUAGUUCAGUAGUUUUGUGAUGACAUAUUUGGGUAUUUUAGGGGUUUGAAACUGGAGGUAGUCUUACGUUGAAAAACUCAUUAUGGCAGAAACCAAGCCAUUUAAGUCAGGGUGGCAUUGGCAUUCAGUUCGUGAUCGACAUAAUCCACGUUUAGGCCUUGACAAAGCAAACAAAGUUACUUGCUUCACCUUCGUUCAAUAUUUCUGCGGACCAAGAUACAAUUUCACUCAAGUUUUGAAGAUAUUAUCUCUGUUGCUCUUAAUUGGAACAUGCAUAUUCAAUUUGAAGUUGGUUAUUGAGACAAAUAGAAGACUCGAGAAUCAUAGAUUAAUUUUGGAACUGGAUUCAGACAGUGAUGUUGUGCCAAUUGAUGAAGAUGAUUACUUCAGUCAUCUGAGAGCUAACAAUGAUGCAGAAGAAAUAUCAGAGAAAUUCUUAGUACAGGUCAUAUCAAGCAAAGAUCUUGUUGAAGUAAUCGUAAAUGGUCGGUCUGUACAUCGUGAUGCAGAAGCAAAUCAAGGGAGAGGAAUACACGUUGUUAUUUUGCAUGAAACAACUGGCUCUGUAAUGUCGCAGAGGGUGUUUGAUACUUACGCACCCAAACAAGAUGAAGCCUUGAUUGCCUUCCUGAAUUCAAUCAUCAGCAACAGAAUAUUUGUAUUUGCUAUAAAAGAUGAAGCUUCGUUUGAACUUGGGAAAUCAGCCAGAGAAAAAUUAAAUGAACUUGGCAGUAAAAUGAUUGAUGAUCUGAGUUGGAGAAGCAACUGGGCAAUGAUUUGCUCUAAGAGAGGAACAAACUUUGCUGAAAACUUGGAAACAACGGAAGAUAUAACAGCUUGGGCAACUGAUGUCGUCAUAGCAACAGAUAUUGACUCAAUAGAAAGCCAAGUAAUUACUUGUGAUUGGCCACAAUCAGAUUCCUCCACCACGAGAAGAGCCCAUUUCUGUUCACAUUUUGAUGGUUAUUUGGAAUUGUGCACUUGUAAUAACCCUUCACCUCUGACCUUUGGCACUAAGGAAGUUCUACCAGCAAGCUCUGUACCUGUUGCAAUUAUCGCCAGCAACAGACCACAAUAUCUGUAUAGAAUGCUGCGUUCGUUGCUUUCUUCAAGAGGUGUGAACCCGGAUGUAAUUAUUGUAUUCAUUGAUGGACAUUUUGAAGAGCCAUAUGAAAUUGCAAGACUCUUCAACAUUCGAGUGAUUCAACAUGUUCCUGUUGGAGUGAAAAAUGCUCGGAUAUCUCAACAUUACAAAUCAAGUUUAAGUGCAAUGUUCACUUUAUUUCCUCAAGCAGAAGAAAUUAUUAUUUUAGAAGAAGAUUUAGAUGUUUCUCCAGAUUUUUUUAGUUAUUUUAGCCAAACAAUGCACUUAUUAAAUGAAGACACAUCACUGUAUUGCAUAUCAGCAUGGAAUGAUCAGGCUUAUGAUCAUUCAUCUACCGACCCAUCUUUACUCUAUCGAGUUGAAACAAUGCCAGGUUUAGGUUGGAUGCUCAAACGUUCUUUAUUUGUUGAAGAAUUGGAACCCUAUUGGCCUUCACAAGAAAAGCGCUGGGACUGGGAUAUGUGGAUGCGAUCUGACACAAUGAGAAAGGGAAGAGAAUGCGUGGUUCCAGAUGUUCCCAGAACUUUUCAUUUUGGAUCUGUUGGAAUCAACAUGAAUUCCUAUUUUUUUGAAAUGUAUUUUGAAAAGCACGCUUUGAAUAAAAGAGAAAAUGUCAGGUUGAAGGAUGUUGACACAAUAAAGAAAGCACCAUAUGAGAGGUUGAUGCAUACUCUUGUCAGAGAUUCAAAACUUCUCGAUCAUUCGAAGUCACCCUGUGAUGAUAAUUUCAUAACUGAAGAACUCUCGCUUAAUAAUACAUAUGUCGCUUAUUUCAGAAUGGACAAAGAAGGAUCCACAGAUGUAUUCAUAGAAGUCUUGCGAUGUUUAAAGCUUUGGGACUUGGAAGCAAGAGGUCUACAUCGAGGAGCAUUUCGUACAUUUAUAAAGAAGAGACAUGUUAUAUUUGUUGGCUAUCCUGCUUCCACUUAUAGUUUAUAUAAACCAACUGAUGUUAAUCCUAUUUUUAUUGAAUCUAGUGAUAAAAAUGAGGGAGAAAUUGUGAACAAAUAAAAGUAUGUUUCAUUCGAAAAACGCGUUGAAAUAAAUGUAAAGUUUCAAAAUGUGAAUAUUUAAAUAAUGAGGGCAAAUGCGAAUCUAACAAUAGUUUCAUUUUAAAUUAGUUUCACACUCCCUCAAAAAAAUUGUCUGUGCAUAUGCCCUCCUUGUGAAGCGGACCCCACCAUUUGGAGAACCACUGGCGCAGAAUAUAGUACACAAUAUAGUAUAAUGAAUAAAUUCUGUGAAAGUGUUCUACGGUGUGUAAAAGCUUUCGAAGUGUUACAUAUGCAGAUUUUUAAUAAUAAGAUUCCUAACAAGCGAUUAUAUAUAUAUAUAUUGUGUACAUGUGUCUCGAUUGAUAAAGUUCGCCAAUGCUUAGUUGAGAAUGGAGCCUGGCCCUUUAUUGCUUUACCUGCCGCCUGUCUUGACAAUUCCGCUUCAGUCUAGUUUUAAUUGGGGUCUGUGUAUUACUAUACGCGCUUGCACUGCUUACUGAUAGCUAGACUGUGGAUUACGUUUUGAUGUUUUGACUCCGGAAUUAAUAAAAGUGUGCCAAACUACAAAAUUUGUAGACUCAUUGUGAUCAAAGUAUUAGUUUUAGAAUAAUGACAAUAUUGUUCCUCUCAUUUGAAUUAUUUCUUAUAUUGCAUUUUCUUGUUGAACUACAGUAUCAGUGUUGUAAAUUGCUUUAUUUUUUCAAUAAAGUUUGUCUUGUUGCAAUAAAA